AUAAAAUAAAAAGAAAAAGAAAAAAACCAGAAAAUUCACAUUCCUCUCUCUUCUUACAAGCUCCAAAAUUAGGGUUUCAUUUCCUUCAAUUUUAUUCUCUUUCUCUCUCUAACUUUCUCGCUCUUCAACUCGGACACUCUUCCAGAGUCUAUCGAUUUUCCCUGGUAAGAUCUCCAAACCACCAAUCUCCUUCCAUUUUUUUCUUUCCUUUUUGUCCUGUUUGGUUUCUCGCCGAGAAAAUGUUUCUCUUUUGAUUUCCGAGAAAAGAAAGAAAAAAGAAAGAACUUUUUACUUAAAAAUCUCUGGUAAGAAAACGAGAGAGAAAGAGAGGGAUUUUCGGCGAGAAAAAGAAAAUUAUGGAUGAAGGUGAGGGUGCGGAUCACCUGGAUCAGUUCCACCGCAACGAGGCGAUCUCGGCGGUCGCCGACGAGGGUUUCUUGGGGGAGGAGGACGACGAUUACGAGGACCUCUACAACGACGUCAAUGUCGGCGAGGGUUUCUUGCAGUCGUUGAGAAAGAAUGAAGAGGUUCGAAACGAGGUGGUUGAGGAGAAGAAGGUGGAGCCGCCUCUUGCGGCUCAGGAGCCUGGGGUUUCGAUCCCCGGUGUCGGUGGAGGGAGCGGCGAGGGUACUGGAGGUGGUGAUGGCGGGGCUAGGGUUCCGUCUGGGGGGUAUAAUCAGAAUCUAGGGUUUAGAGGGAGCGAGAUUGGCGUGAAGGGAAGUGGUGUUGGAUCAGGGCCGUCGGUCGGUGGGGGAAGUGGAAUUAGGGUUGAAUUGGGGCAAGCUUCGAGUAAGAUGACUGAGUUCGAGGAGCAAAGUGGGAAUACUGGUGUUGGAGUUCAAGUGAUUGGUCAGCAGCAACAGCAACAACAGCCGCUGCCGCCACAGCAGCAACAACCGCCUCAUGGCGGUGCGGUGGGGAGUGUUGGGAGCUUGGGGGGUGAGAAUAUGAUGAGGCAAGGAGGUGGAGGUGGUAAUGUCAAUGGGGUUGGUGGUGGUGGUGGAGGAGGUGCCGGGACAAUAUUGUUUGUUGGGGAUCUGCAUUGGUGGACCACGGACGCUGAGCUGGAGGUGGAGCUGUGUAAGUAUGGGCCGGUGAAGGAGGUUAAGUUUUUCGAUGAGAAGGCUAGUGGGAAGUCAAAAGGGUAUUGCCAGGUUGAGUUUUUCGAACCGGCUGCUGCCACGGCCUGCAAAGAGGGGAUGAAUGGGCAUGUGUUCAAUGGGCGGCCCUGUGUUGUUGCAUAUGCAUCGCCCUAUAGUGUUAAGAGAAUGGGUGAGGCUCAGGUGAACAGGAAUCAACAGAUAGCUCAGUCUUCCGUUUCUCAGGCUAGAAGAGGACCUAAUGAGCCUGGGGGUAAACCUACUGGGAAUAGCAUCGCAACAGGUGGGAAUUAUCAAGGUGGGGAUAACAAUAGAGGAGGUUAUGGGAGAGGUAACUGGGGAAGAGGUAAUGCGCAGGGGAUGGGAAAUAGAGGUCCGGUUGGUCAAAUGAGAAAUAGGGGUGGUGCAAUUGGUGGCAGAGGUAUAAUGGGAAAUGGGGGAAGUGGGUUUGGCCAGGGUAUUGGCACAACCCCUCCAAUAUUGCACCCUCAAUCGAUGAUGGGCCAGGGUUUUGAUCCAACAUUUGGGGCCCCUAUGGGGAGAAUGGGCAGUUAUGGAGGGUUUCCUGGUGCUCCCACACCUCCAUUUUCUGGACUUUUGUCCUUCCCUCCUGUGGGGGGUGUUGGUUUGCCUGGAGUAGCCCCGCAUGUGAAUCCGGCAUUUUUCGGAAGAGGUGGGAUGCCCAUGAAUGGAAUGGGGAUGAUGCCCACGACAGGUGUUGAUGGGCCUAAUAUGGGGAUGUGGUCGGAUCCUAGCAUGGGUGGAUGGGGUGGCGAAGAACACGGCGGCGGGAGAGCUGGGGAGUCUAGUUAUGGUGAAGAAGCUGCAUCUGAUCAUCAAUAUGGUGAGGUUAGUCAUGACAGAGGAGGGUGGCCUAAUGCCAUGAAGGAGAAAGACAGAGGUUCAGAGAGGGACUGGUCGGGGUCUUCUGAUAGAAGGUACAGAGAUGAUAGGGAUCAGGCUUUUGAUAGGGACAUGCCUAGGGAAAAAGAUACAGGUCAUGAGGAGUGGCCUGAAAGAAGGCAUCGUGAUGACAGAGAAGUUGGUCGAGAGCGGGAUAGAGAGCGUGACCGGGAGCGAGAGCGUUCUCGUGAUCGUGAAAGGGAUCGGGACAGGGAUCGUGACAGGCAUAGGGGGGAAGAUAGAGACAGAUAUGCAGACCAUCAUAGGUACAGGGACCGUGAAGCUGAACAUGAUGAUGAAUGGGAAAGGGGACGGUCAUCAAGGACUCACAAGGGACGGGUGUCUCAAGAGGAUGAUCAUCGUUCAAGAUCAAGGGAUGCUGACUAUGGGAAGAGGCGGCGGCUUACUUCCGAGUGACUGAUUUGACGCUUCUUAUUUUUGGAUACUUAAAAUCUAGAAAAGAAAGACAAAGUGAGAAGAAACUCUGGGGUUUUUAUGCUAUCUCGACUCUCUUUCAAGUGGCGUCUUAUGGUUCUUGAUUCACGCAAUGGUUCUUCACUCCAUCGGUCCAAUCUCUGGAUGGCUUCUUGUAUUCAGAAGUAUUGUUUGGUUCUUGGUGAGAAAGCUGGAGGGCAUUCUAUCUUUGAGAACCAAAGCUGUGUUGACAGGAACUGAGAGUUUUGCCAUUGAGAUGAAGAGGGACCUCUUGGCUUGUGCAUGGGAGAGAGAAUGGAUGGUUGUUGCCCCGUUGCCUAAUAGAGUUAGAAGUGGACUCUUGCUUUAAGUUUUUAGCUUUCUUUUGCCCUUGUGUUUUUAGUUAAAUCAGCACUUGAUCAAAACAGAUAUCAAUAUUAUGGAUGAUGUUAAAUUGCCGAAGUCUGGAAUGUGGUUAGACUAUUUUGGAACUUGAUGCUUGAAUGGUGAUGUAAUAGGAUUUAGCACAGGAUGUUGUUAUUGUGCCUUUUUUUAUUGGCUGGUUGUUGUAUCAUUAUUUCCCUCGUUUUUUCUUUUUUCUUGUUCUUUUUCGAGUGUAUGUAUACUACCAUGCUCAUUGUGCACAUUUUUGGUGAAGUUGCUGUAGUAGGCUAACCAUUCAAUUGAAGUAGGUUUAUACCCAGAGAUUGUAACCAUACGGCUUUGUACAUACUGAGAUAUUUAUGGAAUAGAUU